AUGGCCGCUAAGGGCCAACGCGCAGAGAGCGGCGUGCGCGUCGCGUACCUGACGCUCUAUAACGCCAUCUUCGCCUCCCUCUGGGCCUCCGUCCUCUUCACUGUCGCCGCCACCAUGUCGGCCGGCGGCGGCGGCGGCGCACCCGCCGUCUAUGAAGCCGCCGAGGCCCGCUCGCGAUGGGUGCAGACCCUCACCCUCAUCGAAGUCGUGCACUCCGCCCUCGGCCUCGUCAGGUCCCCCGUCGGCACCACCGCCCUCCAGGUCGUCGCCCGCACCAUCAUCGUUUGGAUGGUCUGCUAUAGCUUCCCCGCUACUACCGCCUCCUCCGCCGCCUAUGUCUCCCUGCUGCUGUCGUGGGCCGCCGCCGACACCGUCCGCUACGCCUACCUGGCCCUGAACCUCCACGGCAAGGCCCCCGCCGCCCUCGUCUGGCUGCGCUACACCAUGUUCUACCCCCUCUACCCCGUCGGCAUCGCCUCCGAGUUCUGGCUGCUGUACCUCGCCGUCGAGCCCGCCCGGCGCGUUAGCGCCGCCCUGCCUCCCGUCUUCUACUUCUGCCUCUGUCUCUACGUCCCAGGAUCGUACGUCAUGUACACUUACAUGAUCAAGCAACGCAGGAAGACGCUGUCGAAGCUGGGCAAGUCUCAGUAG